AUGGCUACGAGAUCAAGAGCUUUAGCAGCGUACAGACACGCCCUCAAGGCCACGCAGGUUGCAUUCCAAGGUGAUGUUGCUCUUUUGAACGCCUCCAGGGCCGAGAUUAGAAAGGGCUUCAACCAGCCGGAUGAGACCAAGAGCGUGGAGGAGCGUAUUACGCAUUUGGAGGAGGUGUCCAAGUUCCUGAUGAGCAAUAUCGUCCAGGGAAAGCGUCAGGACAACGGCAAAAUCCACCUGAACAUUCACGAGGGCACGGAGCUUGGAGACAACGAGAGCAUCAAGAACCCG